CAAUAUCGCUGAGCAUAGAAAAAAUUCAACAAGUAAAGGGUCGCAUUUGCGUUCACAUCAGUCACGGCAGUGUCUUUGUUACGAGAUGGAUCUCAAUCAGUUCAGCGAUAACCAAAAGGCUAUUUUGAAACAGUUCCGUGAGGCUGUCAAAGACUGCAAACUACCUGACUCAGACGAUGCCUACCUUAUACGAUGGCUCAUCGCGCGAGAUUUCGAUAUCCCAAAGGCAGAGAAAAUGCUCCGCAGUUCGUUGGAAUGGCGCCGCCAGUAUAAAAUCGACAGAAUCCUAGAAGAUUUCAAACCGCCGGAAGUAUUGACAAAGUACUUCUCGGCUGGUUUCGUCGGUCGCGACAUCACGCAAAGUCCUCUGUGGAUUGUGCGGUACGGAAUGUCGGAUGUAAAGGGCAUCCUUCGGUCAGUCAAGAAGAAAGACUACGUCAUGUACGUCGUUUACCUGGUUGAAAGCAGCAUUGCCCGAGUCAACGCCGAUCUCAAGAAAUUCAAACGUUCUCCCACGGCUAUAGUGCAGUCGACCAUCAUCUUUGACAUGGAGGGUUUCUCCAUGUCUCACAUUACUACCAAACAAGCUAUGGAUUCUGCCAUCAAAAUUCUUCAGGUGUACGAAGCGAAUUACCCUGAGUUUCUCAGUCGUGUUUUGAUCGUUAACGCACCAAAAAUCUUUUACGUUUGCUACAACAUGUUAAAACCAUUCUUGCACGAGCGAACCCGAGACAAGAUCCAGAUUUUCAGCCACGACGUCAAGCAGUGGAAACCAGUCGUUUUGGCAAAUGUUAUUGCCGAAGAAACACCCGCCUCCUAUGGAGGAACUUUAGCCGAUCCCGAUGGAAAUCCAAACUGCGUUACAUUGGUCAACAUGGGAGGAGAGGUCCCGAAAUCGUACUAUUUUAGUGGCAAACCAGAUACGACUAAUAAAAAGUCUUUGACGAUUUCAAGCGGCUCCAAAGAGCACUUGGAAAUUCAAGUGAAAGACGCUGGCGCCCUACUCAAAUGGGAUUUCCACUCCGAAGACAGCGAUAUAGCGUUCGCUGUGUACUACAAAAAAGGCAGCGAAUUAGUUCCCGUUGUACCUCACGAUCGAGUCGAUUGUCACAUGGCUGCUGAAGAGGGAGAAAUUCAAUGCGACGAAGCCGGGACCUAUGUAAUCGAGUUCGACAACCACUUUAGUUACCUUCGCUCCAAGAAGAUUUGGUAUUCGAUUUCGGUAGCGGCAGCUUCGACGAGAGGCGCAAACGGCACUGACUUGGAUAACAUUUAACUGCAAAAACAACUGGAUCAGGAAAUGAGAAUAUUGUUUUAAUAGUCAAGAGGGGGGGAAUCUGUAACAAGAAGUUUUAAGACAAUUAAUUUUAUAUUUUCCAUAUUCCGGGGGGCAACAAAACCAUAGAAAAAAAAACGAGGGAAACGGGGGUAUCGAAGGGAAAUGUCUACAUUAUCUUCAAAAUGUUUCGAGACAAAUAAAAUGAGAAAACGGAUGAUGUUGUGAGAUUUGACACAACAUGAGAAA